CCCUGGCCGCCGGGAUAAGAGCUUGGCCGAAGGCUGGCAGGGACUACGAGCGGUGGGGGCGGUGGCCCCGCGAUGUCGCUAGUACUGCUGAGCCUGGCCGAGCUGUGCUGCGGUGCCAUGCCUCCGGAGCCGUGGACGUUUUCCUACAUUGGCUUUCCUGUAGAGCUGAACAGAGUCUAUUUCAUUGGGGCCCAUAACAUCCCCAAUGCAAAUAUGAAUGAAGACGGCCCCUCCCUGGCUGUGAACUUCACCUCACCAGGCUGCCUGGACCACAUAAUGAAAUACAAAAAAAAGUGCAUCGAGGCAGGAAGUCUGUGGGAUCCAAACAUCACUGCUUGUAAGAAGAAUGAGACCACAGUAGAAGUGAACUUUACAACCAGUCCCCUUGGAAACAGAUAUAUGGCUCUCAUACAAAAUACCACUGUAAUUGGGACUUCUUAUGUGUUUCACCUGCACCAGAAGGAACUAACUCGAACUUCCGUGGUGGUUCAAGGGACUGGGGAAAGUGAAGGUGCUGUGGUCCAGGUAAAGCUGAACGAGAUGCUCUGGGGAGGGGAGGAGAGGGGAAGGGCACUGAAGACCCAUUGCAGAAGUGUGCUGGGUGGAUGGCUGCCUCUCCUCCUCUCGGCUCUGCUGGUGGCCACGUGGGUGCUGGCGGUUGGGAUCUAUCUGACCUGGAGGCAUGAAAGGAUCAAGAAGACUUCCUUCUCUACUACCACACUACUGCCCCCCAUUAAGGUUCUUGUGGUUUACCCAUCUGAAAUAUGUUUCCAUCACACAGUUUGCUACUUCACUGAAUUUAUUUAAAACCACUGCAGAAGUGAAGUCAUCCUUGAAAAAUGGCAGAAAAAGAAAAUAGCCGAGACGGGUCCCAUGCAGUGGCUUACCACUCAGAAGAGCGCCACGGAUAAGGUCAUUUUCCUUCUUUCCAAUGAUAACACCAUGUGUGAUGGUACCUGUGGCAAGAGGGGGGGCAGCCCCUGUCAGAACUCCCAAGACCUGUUCCCCAUCGCCUUGAACCUCUUCCGCAGCGAUCUGAGAAGCCAGACUCAUCUGCACAAAUACGUGGUAGUCUAUUUCAGAGGGGAUACCAAAGACAACGACACUGGGCUCAGUGUCUGCCCCACAUACCGCCUCAUGAAGGAUGCUACAGCUUUCUGAGAGCUUCUCCAUGCCAAACAACGUGUGUCGACGGGGAGAAGGGUGCAUGCCUGCCACUACAGCUGCUCCUCCCCAUAGCCCAGCCACGAAGCAGGAGACCUUAAAGCCUUCCUACUGCUCCAAUUACAGGAGGAAAGCAUCUGUGAUGAUUCUGAAGUUUACCGUACAGGCUACUUGUAGGGAGGAUUACAGCUGAACCUUGAACAACCCAGGGGGUAGGGGUGCUGACCCCUGUGCAGUCGAAAAUUCAUGUAUAACUUUACAGUCCACUAUCUGUCUCUGUGGUUCUGCAUCUGUGGAUUCAACCAACUGCAGACCGGUAGUAUGUAUUUAUUGAAAAAAUCUACAUAUAAGUGAAUCUGCCCAGUUCAAACUUGUGUUAUUCAAGGGUCAACCAUAUGUAUACCUUCGUUAGCAAAAGUAAGGGAGGAUUCACAACUGAAUAUAUACACCUUAGUCUAGUAAUUAAAAGUUUUUAUGCUUAUAAAAUUGUUACAAAUUUACUAACUACUGUGGCAUUAAAGAACAGAAACUGAAUUUAUAACUAUAAAGCUAAGUCAAUUUCACACCUAAAAAUCAAGAACACUUACAAGGCUUCCCUGGUGGCGCAGUGGUUGAGAGUCCGCCUGCCAAUGCAGGGGACACGGGUUCGUGCCCCGGUCUGGGAAGAUCCCA